AUGAGACUGCUCAUACAUGAAUGGAUUCGGAGUCCUGCUCUACACAAAAAACAUGCAAAUAUAUGUAAUAACGAAGAGAUUGGACAAAUAACGCGCGAGCCAUGGUCACUACAACCAAAUGGUCUCGCGUCCAGUAGAGGAGACAUUUCCCUUCACGACGAAGCUUGCGUUCGCCGCAUAGUAGCAUCAGUUCCCGAGGCUGAUGGGGACAAACCGGACUAUUUGCAGAGCUAA